AUGGCUUCUGCUCUUUCUGGUCCUUCUCUUGUGGCCUCGAGAGCUGCGCUCUCCGCUGCAUUGGCUGAUCAAUCUGAUGCCGUCGACGAUUCACUGGAACCGGGAGAAAUCCAGGAAGUUGACAUGCAGGCUCAGGCCGAGGGUAUCCGAACUGUGUUCAGUGAUCCCACCAAUUUCAAUGUCAAGCACCCCCUUUACUCCCCUUGGACUCUUUGGUUCGACUCUCCAGCAACGAAAGGCCGGAAUUUGCCCCAAACACCCGUCUCUGCCUUUCCCCAGACACCUGUGCCUCAAACACCCGGAGUGGCGGCGGCACAAGGUUGGAUGGAGGAUAUCAAGCGGGUGAUCAGUUUUGACAGUGUCGAGGAGUUUUGGGGCCUGUAUAAUAACAUUGUUGCGCCAUCUUCGCUACCGCAGAAGGCGAACUACUAUCUUUUCAAGGAGGGCAUUAUCCCGGCAUGGGAGGAUGAAGCUAACAAGAAUGGUGGAAAAUGGAGCAUUCAGUUACCACGAGACAAAAACCGAAACAACGUGGACAAGAUGUGGCUUUACACAAUGCUUGCUGCGAUAGGAGAGACAUUCGACCCCCUUCUUACCGAAGCGACUAGCAAUGGUGCUCCACCAAACUCUUUGAUCACUGGCGUUAUUGUUUCCAUUCGCCCGCAAUUUUAUCGAAUUUCCAUAUGGACACGACUCGCUCCAUCCGCGGCAGAUGAAGAUGGGUUGAAGGCGCGGAUUGAGGGAAUAGGUCGACACUUCAAAACAAGUGUUCUCGGGUAUCUCGAAGGGCAGAGACUCGCUGGCCCGCUGGCCACCGAAGUAGAAUUUCUUUCGCACAAGGACUCGGAGAAGAAGGGCAAGGCAAAAAAGAUAGUUGUCUGA